AUGGCAAGACUCAGUGUGUUUGGAAUUGGCCUCCUGCUGCUGCUGACCCUGUUCACCCACCACAUGGUCCCUACAGGUUCUGUGGUUGUCCCCAUGUCCUGCUGCCUGGCCUUCAUUUCCAAGAAGAUUCCCGAGAACCGAGUGGUGAGUUACCAGCUGGCCAGCCGGAGCGUCUGCCCCAAAGAAGGCGUGAUCUUCACUACCAGGAAAGGCCAGAAGUUCUGUGGUGACCCCAAGCUUUCAUGGGUCCAACAGUACAUGAAGAAACUAGAUGCCAAGCAAAAAAAGGCUGCGGCGAGGACCAUGCUACUGGGCAACAGAAUCCCCGUUCACCGGCACCCGGCUAAUAGCACUGCUAAUAACACUGUGGUCUAG